AUGGGGCCGUGGGAGCCCGAAGACUACGAGGGGCCAUGGGGUCAUGGGAGCGCGAAGACUGCUCGUCAUCUUCCCAAAGGCGAGGGACACGGUGCCUUUAAACUCCAGACUGCCAAGGGCACUGCUUGGGUGCGCAGCCGGGUGCUCGAGCUGGGAAGCUGCCGUUCCCCUUCUCUGCCUCGACAGAUGAGCGCUCUCGGAUAUUCGGCGAAAGAGGUGGUUGAGUCCUGGCAGAGGUACCGGGACGCCUGCGUUUGGAAGAUGCUAGAGGAGCCCCCUCCCACAAGCGUGGUGUGCAAUCGUACAUUUGAUAUGUAUGCCUGCUGGAGCGAUACUCACCCCAACACCUCUGCCAGGGUUCCCUGCCCGUGGUACCUCCCGUGGCACCAGCAAGUACGAGAGGGCUUUGUGUUCCAGAAAUGCGGCCCUGACGGACAGUGGAUAGUGGAUGAAUCCGGCCACCCUUGGCGGGAUCAUUCCCAGUGUGAGGCCAUCCAGGAAGAACUUCCCUUCGAGAACCACUUGUGGAUUCUGGAGCAAUUGCGGCUGAUGUACACGGUGGGCUACUCUUCUUCCCUGAUAGCUCUGGUGGGGGCUCUGCUAUUGCUGUUGUCUUUCAGAAAACUUAGAUGCAUCCGCAAUUAUAUCCACAUGAACCUUUUCCUUUCGCUCAUGCUGCGGGCUGUCUCCAUCCUGGCCCGGGACAGCUUCCUGUGGCUGCGCUUCCCCAAGAAUGUGCAGACCGAAGACGAUAUCUCCCAGUUUCCUAUGGAACAGGCCGCUGCCAGCUGCCGGGUGGCACAGACCCUGACUCAGUACUGCGUCGGCGCCAAUUAUUGCUGGCUCCUAGUGGAAGGGCUUUAUCUCCAUAACCUGUUGGGGCUGAUGACCUUCUCAGAGGAGAGCUACUUCCCCAGAUAUUUGCUUCUUGGCUGGGGGACCCCAAUCCUGUUUGUCAUCCCUUGGGUGAUUGUGAGAUACCUCUAUGAAAACAACGAAUGCUGGGAGAGGAAUGACCACAUGGGCUAUUGGUGGAUCAUCCGUUGCCCCAUCCUAGUUGCCAUCUUUGUCAACUUUGUGAUCUUCGUCCGCAUCAUGAAGAUAUUGUUCUCCAAACUCCGAGCUCAACAGAUGUAUUACGCGGAUUACAAAUUUAGGCUGGCCAAGUCAACGCUCACUCUCAUCCCCUUGAUGGGCAUCCACGAGGUGGUCUUUGCACUGGUCGUUGAGGAGCAAGCUCAGGGUAUCUUGCGCUACAUCAAAUACUCCUUUGAACUCUUCUUCAAUUCCUUCCAGGGCCUACUGGUGAGCGUCCUCUACUGCUUUGUCAACAAGGAGGUCCAGUCCGAGAUCCAGAGGAAGUGGCAGAGGUGCCAGCUGGGUGCCAGUUUGCUUGAGAAGCAGGGUCAGAGCCGCAGCCUGUGGACAUCUUGCCGCAGCCGGAACAGCAGCGGCAGCAGCCGCCGCAAAAAGGACCACGGCCCUUGGCCCCUGAGCCACGCAGCAGAGAAUGUUCCCCCCAUUGCAACAGACUUACACCGGACUCCCCUGGGCGGGAAAUCUUACUGGAAUUUCCCUGUCAGGAUGAAGACAGAAGACGAGGCCGGGGAUUUGCCUGAGGCCCAGCUGGCUCUUCCGGGCACCCAGAACUGCUGCUGACUCCCAACUUCUUUCCGGUGGCCCAGAGAACUCAGAAAAACAUCACUAGUGUUCCAAAACACGAGGGGCCGCAAAAUACUUUUGGAAGAGACAUCUGACAGAUGUGUGUGUCGUGCGUGGGGCUGCCCUUGGUGACUGUCUGCAAGCUUUGGCUGCACAGGUUUUGAGGAGAAUGCAUCACCCAGAGCAGUGUACCCUCACGUCUGCAUACGGUCAGUCCUGUAGUCGCUGGAGAUAACUCACCCUCAAGGUGACCAGGAAGGGAAACUUGGCAAACUGGAAACAAGUUUUUUUUCAAAAAAUAAAUAAAUUUAGGUUACUGGUCUAUGUGAGCCAGAACAUA